AAAUCCGGCUCACUAUAAAAGGCGGGCCUCUCCACUAUCUGCACAGUUCCCAUCUAUGGUGCUGGCAAAUGGAAUAUAAAAAGCAUCAAGGUGUCGCUUUUUCUCUUUAGACCUGACAGGCUGCUCUCUCGUUUUUUUUGUGCAGACAUGUUAGAUGAGAACAUGCAUCCAGACUCCAGCACCGAGUUCGACUCCUCGUCCAGCUGUAGCACAGCAUCGCCUGGUGGGGACACCCCUGGAUGCAGCCAGCAUCUUUCUGACUCGCUUGCAUCAUCAGUGGACAAUGAGAAGGUACAAGCGAAUCUGGUCAUCCCAAGAAAUUAUCUAUUUCAAAUCGUGCAGGAUAAUCCAUGCAUAGAGCUAAUAUUGGAUGAUACGGCAGGUAUAGUUGUGCAAAAUGUCAACAUGUGUCAGGAAAUUUCAUGACCAAGUCUGUUCUUUAAUAUGACUCUGGUCCUGUGAUAUGGAAUGCCUUUGCAAACACGUAGACUGGAGAGUCUCGGUGUGUCUGCAGUGUUGUUCGUUUCACAGGUGUGACCUUUAGUUUUAGAGGGAUGGCCUAAUAGAGAUGAUGAUUUUUAUGACAGGGAAAAAUAUAUGAUUUUAGCUGAUAAGCAGAAAGCAGAUUGGUCCUUUUGGGUCAUUUUUUCCUCUGCCAAAUAAUUGUUGCACCAUUUGGAGGUCACAUUACCGUGCGUGGUGCUUACAAAUUGCACUUUGACAGCAUGAAUGUGUUUCUGUGCUGUUGAUUUUUAUAGGACACUGGAACCAGUGCAGUAGAUUCCUUUGUUCCGACUGUGACUGCAAUCUCAACCUCACCGGAUCUGAAGUGGAUGGUGCAGCCGACAGUCAUCACAUCUGUCUCUCCGUCCACUCGUGCAAAGAGCAGAAGUCAGAACAAGAAUCAGUCGUCUUCCCCGGCAGCAGCAAACAAGACAAAACCCUGCAACAGGAAAUGCUCGAAAGACAAGGUACACCGAAAUAAUUCAUUCAAAUUUGUGGUCAAAAUGGGAAAAAUUGGGAAAAAUAUCAAUCUUGCAAUAAUGUUACAGGUAUUCUACCAAUCAAUAAACUCAUUAUUCAACCAAUAAGACAUCAAAUUAACGUAAAAAAAAAUGAACAUUAUUCUUAUUUUUUCUGGGUGUCUCACCCCCAUUGACAUAGGGUAACAUGAAAUUGAGUUAUCGCGAUAUUUUAACAUGACGUGAAGGUGUGUGCGUUUUAAAGUGUUAAUUGCGAUCAAAGAACCUCGUGAAUGUUGAUGUUAUUUAAGCAAUGCAGAGAGUAGUAGCAGUGAUAUCACUUAAGGAGCAACAAGGAGCGAAGUCAUUUUUAUGAAUGGGAUGGCAAAUUGCAUAAACGUGCGCCUUCACGUGCCUGACUGGACCGUGCCAGUGGUGCAGCAUUUUAACGCCUGAAGUGAACGGGAGCGUCAGCACCGAGCCGAUUAGUAUUCCUAGCAUACCCCGCGAAGGAGAUCUUCUUCUUCUAUGCGAUUUUUGGCAGGAAAAAUUGUGAUGAGAAGCCAAGUGCUGAUUUGGCAGAAAGGUUCUGAGAUGCGCAUUAAACUUGGCGAUUUGUGAUUGAUUCCAGGCUUCCAAAGAGGAGGAGGAGAGGAGGAGGAUCAGGAGGGAGAGGAACAAAAUAGCUGCAGCCAAGUGUCGCAACAGACGGAGGGAGCUGAUAGACACCCUGCAAGCUGUAAGUACAUUAUUUAUUUCAAAAAUGUCACACAGCACGUGCACUCUUGCAUGUCACUUGUGAUUAAAGGAAACAGGAGCACCACAGGGAUCACUGCUGGGCUCCAGAGGACUGCACUGUUCACAUGUCUCCUUUUGCCGUGUUUUUUUUCCUCUAAUUUUCCUUCUUCUCACCUCAGGAGACUGACCAGCUGGAAGAGGAGAAGUCCGCCCUUCAGACAGAAAUAGAGGACCUGCUCAGAGAGAAGGAGAGGCUUGAGCAGGCCUUAGCCAUCCAUAAACCAUGCUGCAAACUACCUGAGAAAGAAAACAAUGAGGAUCAAGAGGAGGAUUGUAAUGAUGAUGACACAAUGCUGCAGGACCCUCCAGCCUCCCCACAGCUGCUGUCUAUCCUAGAGAAUGUAAGAACCCCUGAGAGCAACAUAAGUGUUGCAGAAGUCCCCAUUGGUCAAGACAUGGACACUGUCCCCUGCAUCCCCGCUGCAGCCAUUUUGGGGAACUCCAACAUCCUGCUGUGCUCAAAUGCAGAAGAAGAAGAGGCUCUGGAGGACUUAAAAGGAGAUGACUUGGAUGAUUUGGUGCCCAGCCUGGAGAUGGCAGUGACCUCAGAGAUGGCAGCAUCUGUCCCUGAUAUUGACCUGAGUGGGCCCUUCUGCCUUUCUGACUGGGAAACCCUGUACAAGUCUGUAGCUAAUGACCUGGAGUCUUUAAACACACCCAUCAUGUCUUCCAGUCCCUCUUGUAGCAAUUACCGCACAGUGUUCUCCUUUAAUUACUCUGAGAUUGAUUCCUUGUCUGAAGGCUGUGAGGGCUGCAAAGGCAGCCUUGGUGCAUCUGAGUUAAUGAAAGAUAAUCUUAAUUCUCCGACACUUCUGGCCUUGUGAAUGUGAAGAAGUUAUGCAACCAUACUGAAACUGUACUUUAACCAGCCAGCAAGCUAUGAUCCCUCUCUUUCUCGAAUAAUCUUCUGUGAGUUUUGGUGUUGUGAAAACAUAAACAUCAAAGGUUUUGUAGAUGACACGUUUCUGUGGGUUUACUUAUUUUGUACUGCUGAUGCACCAUGAGAUUCUGUGCUGAUGAUAGAAAUGCAUGCAAAAUCAAGUCAUCUGUGUCCCAAGAAGAGGUGGUAUGUUGUGUUAAAAAAUGCCCUUUAUGUGAUGUGAAGAUAGAUCAUGCUCAGUAGCCUUUAAUAUAUGUGUAAUACUGUUGACAAAAAUGUGUUGUAGCCAAUCAGUGAGUAUAGCGGGGUUACUAAUGUGUAGCGUGUAGGUGUAACAUCUUGCUGUAAGGUGUCCCCUAACUUGACAUGUCCAUUUAAAAAAGAAUCACAUUGUGUAUUUUAUCGAGAUGUAUUUUAUGACAUAGUUUAUUUUUUUACUUCUCAGAAAUGAUCAGAUGCAAAAAACUGUAUGACACUGAAAAUAAAAUAAAAUACAACAAGCAAAUAUCUUUGGA